UAUUAUUUUCCACGUGUAGGCUCUCCCAGUCAUCGACUACUGACUGAAUCGUUUAUCUUGCAGAGGGGAGAAGAGCAACCAGAGGAAAGCAAACCGUAGAGAGACACACAAUGCCUUGCAUUUCCUUCUUUUCCACAACUAAACCCACAACUUUUGCGUCUCUAGCAGAAGAGACUCCUAGUCCUCGACUUCCUACCUCAAAACCUGCAAAGAGACCAAAACUCAGAACAAGAAACAAACCACAACCACCGCACUUACAGUCGCAGUCCUAUAAUUCGCCAAACUCUUCCAUCAUUCAAAUAGAACGCGCCAUUGGCGCUGGCUCCUACCGCGACACUGACCCUGGGGAAUUGAGGAAAAGGAACACGGUGUUUGAUGGGAUUUUGCCGACUGGAGGCGAUAAAUUUGAAGGGGAGAUUGAGAAGAAAAUCAGAGAAACUGGAGAAUGGCUUAGCAGUCGAACUGAAGCGCGGUUUCGCUCCUCUGGGAAACAAAUUUUGAUGGUUGUAUUUCAAUGGAUUCUACCAAUUUGGACUUUAUCACUACUAGUGGCUGCUGGAGUAAUAAAGUUACCAUUCAGCAUGCAGUUACUGGAGGACCUGCUUAUGUGAAUACAUUUUCCAGGCCGAACCAAAUCUAUUGUACACAGCUGUAUAGAAUAUCCAACUUACAGGAUGACGUACCUCUAAGAUGAUGUUACAAGUUACAAUUUUAUCAGCAUCUGGAUGUUCCAGGUAAUUGCCAGACUAUAUACAGAUUUUGUGUUUACAUUUUAUAUGCAUAGUUCAAGUGGUCAGUUUAUGCUUAAGUUAUUCUUUAACUUUUACUCUAAGGUAAUGUCUGCUGUAAUCUGAAAAAAGCCAAUUUCAAGUUACUCCCUUGCUAUGUAAAUGAGUUAUUUACCUUUUUCCCGUCUAGUCCAUGUUGAAAAAUUAUUUAGACUUUAGGCUAGGUUUGGUACAUUAUGUAGAUAAGGUAUCCAAUGUCAAUUUAGGAGAUAAUUUCUUAUGUAUAGUGUAACAUACUACUUGUUCUACGGUGGACUGUUAUUCGUUGUAUGGGAGGUGUAUUCAUUCAGCA